AUGUGGCUCAACAAAUUCUUCAAAACAACCUCAAAAUUACCAACAUCAGAGGUGACGAUUAUUUCCAACCCAGGUGCUGAUGAUGAGAAUAUUUUAGAUUUAAAAUCGGAAGGGGGUGGUCUAUCACCACUCUCUUGCUCUCCAACGAGUGUAACGAUACGAAGUAGUAAUUCUAGUAAAACAUCAAUAUCUAGAGUUUUGAAUGAUGAAGAAUAUUCAACCUCUCUAUCGAAUAGUUCUACUGCGAGUGUCGGAUCACCAAAUGGUAUGGAAAUUUUGUUUAGGGACAGGUGGAUUAGGAUAUCAACGGAAAUUAGUUAUUUGAAACUGAUUGAAUUAAUUGGAAUUGAGGAGGAUUGUUUUCUUUUGAAGGGAAAAGAUAAUUCAAGUUUGGAAGUUGUCAGUGAUGAUGACGAUGUGAAAGUGAUGAUUUCAGAAUUUAGUUUUGUUCCUCGUGAGUUCAGAAAACUUGAUACGAAACAAAAAUUCCCACUAAUUUUGAAUUUGAAAACAAAUUAUGAUGGAAAGGUAGACACAAGUUUUACAAAGGAAAAUCUUGAAUCUUUUGCUACAUUCACACAAGCAUGCAGAAGUAAAUUAGCUUUAGAGUCAACAAUAGAUUUUAUAUGUAAAUAUGAAUUCAACAAUAGUUCAAUAAUUGUCAAUGAUGAUAAUGACAUUCAAGUAAUGAUUAGAAAAUUGGCUCCUCUUAAUAAGAAGGAUCGAGUAGUUCAUCUGAAAAUGUAUACAGAACCAAGAAAAGUGAUUAUGGAUUUGCUAGUAUGUGGAGAGAGCGAUAUAGUGCAAUUGGGAAAAGGUGGAGAUGCUCUAAUUUAUAAAGUGAAUACUGGAAAAGAGAAUGUAGUAGUGCGAGUAUUACACACUGCUACAGUGAGGGAGGCAUUAGAGGAAGUCAAAAUUGCAAAUAUCAACAGCAAUUACUUGAUUCAUUUCAAUAAGAUUUUUGUUAAGGAUAAUAAGGUGUAUUAUUUCAUGGAAUAUUUUGAACACGGAACAUUAUUAGAACGAAAAAAGUUUUCCAACAAGAUGAUAUUGGAGAUUUCAAAGCAAUUACUCAAAGGAAUGAAGGACCUACAUGAUAAGGAAAAAAUUCAUUGUGACAUUUCACCAUGCAAUGUGUUUAUCAAAAAAUUACAAAAUGAAGAAAUUUCAAUAGCUUUGGGAGAUUUUGGCAGAGUUAUUGAAAAUACUGUUGAAUCUGUUUCGUUUAGAGGAAAGCAUGAUUAUAGCUCUGGAACAGGAAAUCAUUCAAAAGUAGAGGAUUUGUAUUCAUACGCAGCCACUAUGUUCUAUGUUUCCACAGGAGAGAUUCCUGCCAAGAAAAGCCUCUCUGAAAAGAUAGCACUCUUAGAAACCCAGAGAAUUCUCUCCAAAGAGUUGAUUCUAUUUUUCAAAGACAUAUUCGAAAAUUACAAAAAGCUCACAGUUGACAAGUUAUUAGAGAAAUUAGAGGAUAUUAGAGAAGAAUAA